GGAAGGGCCCAGGUCGGCUGUGGACGGGGCGGGGCGGAGCCUCCUCCUGCACGGGGGAGCCCCCGGGCUCGCCCCAGCUCAGACACUCCUAGCCUUGGGGCAGCUGCCGGGCGAGUCCGCGGAAUAGCGGCCAGCGGGCGAUGGAGACAGAGAGACACCCGACGAGAGGAGGCGGGGUGGGGGAGGCGGGGAGAGUGCGGGGGCGGAGGCUGGCAGGGGGCGCUGGAAGCUGGAGCGGUCCGUGCGCUCCCCGCGCCCGAGGGUGCAGGAGGCUCUGAAGCGGCUGCUGCACCGCGGGGCCCAGGCGGCGGCUGGGGGGCUGGGGGGCUCUGCCGCCGCCGCCGGGGGCGUCGCUGGCCUCGGCCCCUUUGUUCUCGCGCGCUCCCCCUCGCCGCCCACUCCCCUGCUGUCGCGCGGCGGCGGCGGUGGCGGCGGCGGCUCCUCCCGCCCGAGGCAGGCGGGCUCGGCGCCGGGGGCGGGAGGGGGCGGGGGGAGCACGCCAGCCGCCGAGAGUGGGGGGCGAUGGCGAAGCUCCGGGUGGCUUACGAGUACACGGAAGCCGAGGACAAGAGCAUCCGGCUCGGCUUGUUUCUCAUCAUCUCCGGCGUCGUGUCGCUCUUCAUCUUCGGCUUCUGCUGGCUGAGUCCCGCGCUGCAGGAUCUGCAAGCCACGGAGGCCAAUUGCACGGUGCUGUCGGUGCAGCAGAUCGGCGAGGUGUUCGAGUGCACCUUCACCUGUGGCGCCGACUGCAGGGGCACCUCGCAGUACCCCUGCGUCCAGGUCUACGUGAACAACUCUGAGUCCAACUCUAGGGCGCUGCUGCACAGCGACGAGCACCAGCUCCUGACCAACCCCAAGUGCUCCUAUAUCCCUCCCUGUAAGAGAGAAAAUCAGAAGAAUUUGGAAAGUGUCAUGAAUUGGCAACAGUACUGGAAAGAUGAGAUUGGUUCCCAGCCAUUUACUUGCUAUUUUAAUCAACAUCAAAGACCAGACGAUGUGCUUCUGCAUCGCACUCAUGACGAGAUUGUCCUCCUGCAUUGCUUCCUCUGGCCCCUGGUGACAUUUGUGGUGGGCGUUCUCAUUGUGGUCCUGACCAUCUGUGCCAAGAGCUUGGCGGUCAAGGCGGAAGCCAUGAAGAAGCGCAAGUUCUCUUAAAGGGGGAGGAGGCUUGUGGAAAGCAAAGCACAGAAGCUGUACUCAUGGGCACGCGUCCACCUGCGGAACCCGUGUUUCCUGGCGCAGGAGAUGGACAGUGCCACGACAGGGCUCUGAGAGGCUCAUCCCUCAGUGGCAACAGAAACAGGCACAACUGGAAGACUUGGAACCUCAAAGCUUGUAUUCCAUCUGCUGUAGCAAUGGCUAAAGGGUCAAGCUCUUAGCUGUAUGGAGUAACUAUUUCAGAAAACCCUGUAAGAAGUUCAUUUUCUUUCAAAAGUAACAGUAUAUUAUUUGUACAGUGUAGUAUACAAACCAUUAUGAUUUAUGCUACUUAAAAAUAUUAAAAUAGAGUGGUCUGUGUUAUUUUCUAUUUCCUUUUUUAUGCUUAGAACACCAGGGUUUAAAAAAAAAAAGGUGAGGACAUCUGGGUCUCAUUUGCUUCUGCUAGGUUAAACUUUUACUUGACAACAAGGAUUCUUGCUGAAGUCUGAACCUUACCAUGUAACCCUCAGUUUCCACUAUUAAAGAAUAUCUUUUGAUGUCUGCUUGGAAAAUGAAUAGUAUACUGGUAACUCAGUCUCCAGUCACCUCUGUGUCUCUUAAGCAAGAGAUUCUAAAAGAUUGGGAAAACAUAUCCUCCAACACCUGCGUUUGCCUAACCAUUAUUUUUCACCAGAUUACUUCUUAAGAGAGGGAGGUGAUUCUGAAGAAGGCUUCUAUCUCAAAAAGCACUGGGCUUCUUUAUUCAUCUGUUCUUGUUGUUUUUGAUGGAUUUCAAAAAAUUUGUGUGCAAUACAAUAUACAUGAUGUGAAGGACAGUCUUCAGCUUAGUGAAACGCUGUUUUCAUUUUUUCUUUUUGUAGGUCAGAAAAAAACACCAAAAUCAGUUCAAGCAUUUUGAUUUUUUUUUUUCUUUGUCCUUGCCUUGAUGUUACGAGUAUUAAAACCAGGAGGAUUGCUGCCAUUGUUCAGUUUGCUUGGACAAACCUGGAGAUGCAACCCAGCUCACAUCAUUGCUACUGAUGAGCUUUCUGUGCCUUUAUCUAAAGUUGAUUGAGAAGACCAUAUUUCUUUGUAUCUGUUUAUAAACUCAAAUUCCAAGUAUCAAAUCGCAGGUCUCAGUGAACAUCAAACCUAUUUACUACAUAGAAUCAAACCUUUGUUUAGGUGAGAUGUACAUCGUUAGUGGAGGAACAACUGACCACAUAAUUUCAUUUGUUUUCUUCUGAUACGCUUCAGACAUGCCUCUAUUAGAAUAAAGAUAAACUGGAAUUUAAA